AUGGCUGGUGCAAAUGGUCGACGAUUCUUUGUUGGUGGCAAUUGGAAAAUGAAUUAUUCAAAGGCCAUUGCAGACGUUGUUAAUAAUGCAUUGAACAAUACAAAAUAUGUUGAUGUUGAAAUUGUUUGCGCACCACCGGCUCUUUUCAUCAAAGAUGUUGUUGCAUCAAAACCAGCACAUGUUCAAGUAGCCGCCCAAAACUGUUAUCUUGCUAAGGAUGGUGCAUUCACUGGUGAAAUUAGUCCGGAAAUGGUAAAAGAAGCUGGCUGUGCUUGGGUUAUUCUUGGUCAUUCAGAACGACGAACAUUGUUUCAUGAAGAUGACGACUUUUUAAAAAAGAAAAUUGACUAUGUGCUCAAUAAAACCGACAUCAAUGUCAUCGCUUGUAUUGGUGAAACAUUACAAGAACGUGAAGCUGGUAAAACAAAUGAAGUUGUUGAACGACAAGUCAAAGCUUAUCAAGAAAAAAUUGCCAAUGAUCAAUACAGUCGUGUUGUAAUAGCUUAUGAACCUGUUUGGGCUAUUGGUACUGGUAAAGUUGCCACACCUCAACAAGCUCAAGACGUUCAUGAACAUUUACGUCAAUUUAUUGGCAAAAAUGCAACUGCUGAUGUUGCAAAAAGUAUCCGUAUUAUCUAUGGCGGUUCCGUCAAUGGAGCAAAUUGUAAAGAAUUGGCUCAAAAGCCUGAUAUUGAUGGUUUUCUGGUCGGAGGCGCUUCACUCAAACCGGAAUUCGAACAAAUAUGCAAAGCUCGUCAAAAUUAG